AUGGCUGCGGUUUCCGUCACGAACGACCUGCAAGCACCCUUGGAAGUGAAGUUUCAGAGUGAGGAGUGGAGGGUGGUGUAUCCCAAGCGGUCCUGCUCUGUGGAAGCUUCGGAGGUCUUGAUCCAGGUUCGGCUGCGCGAAAGCCCGGAGGUGACGGGCAGCUGCCAAGCUUCAGGCGGCACGUCCUUUCAAGCUUCGGUGGACUUCGGAGCCUUUUCCCAACGGUGCAAAGGCCGGGACCGUGCCGAGGCCCGGGAGCUGGCCCGUGAAGGAAAACGUCGGGAAGAAGCCCAGCAGCGGACGGAUGCUAUGAUCCAGGAGGCCGCCACCAAGAUACGGAAUCAAGAAGCCUGGUAUGUAGUUCGACGAAUCGGAAUUGUCUUAGGACUCUCAUUAGCCCUCAUCAUUCUGUGCGUGGCCAUCCCACCAGAGAGCGCCGUUGCAGCCGCGCUGCUGGCCAGUGCCACCGUGCCUCUGUGCUGCUGUAUCGGUCUUCUGGGCGUUUAUGCUGGCAAGGAUGAAGACACCGAUUUUCGACUUGGAAGGUAUAGAUUCUGCACGCGCGUUGGCCUUCGGCUAGUGGGGCUCGUGGCUCUUCUGGCCUUCUCCGCCAUGACGGCGCAGCACGCCCUGCAGGGAUACUGGUGGACCGCCACUAUCAUUUGGCCUGUGGCCUGUUGUGGGAUCCUUUGUUUCUGGGAUGGCUACACCCAGCCAAUGAGCUUGGGCCAUGGGCAGCAGCAAAUCAAGGAUCAAGAGCGGCAAGCAGCCGAAACCAACGUCAGCAACCGAACCAUCCGCUUCGAAGGGUCGGUGCUCACUUGGCCGCGUGGCCGGCCCUGCGUGGCCAGCUGGCCAGGGAAGUACGCAGGAGCCUGGGAGUCACUGGUCUCUCAGAGCCGGGACGGCCAGGUGAGCGCAGCAGUGGUUUUUCUCCCGGAAAAAACGGACGACUAUGGCAAGUGCGACAGUAUCCCGCAAACUGAGGGCUUGCCCGGCAGCUGCUGGUGCACACCUCUCUAUGGGGAGCAGAAGCCUUGGGGCUGCAGGUGGUUUACCAAAUGGAAGGAAAACAUCGAGGUCGCCGUUGCAAGCGGUGCACAGCUGGAGGUCUAUUUCUUCCAAAGCCACGUGGGCCAGGGCAAAGUGGAGAGCUUCGAAGCCGCAGGCGAGGACAACCUGCGGCGAGAGAAGGUGAACCGAAAGCAGAAAGACUUCGAGGAGUCGCCUCAGUUCCAGCAAGCGCUGGACGCAGGCCUCGGCAAUCUCUCGAAGGAGCCGCGUGGCGACGGAUCCUCCCAGUACAGCCGAGAAGUGCGGCGUUUGUUCCUCGCUUCCCUCCCAGACACAGAACGCGAAUUUAUUACAGCUGCAGAAGGGCUCGGGAACUCCCAAAAAGCAGAAGUGGCCUGGCUGGAAAAGAAGGGCUACGAGUACUGGGCGGUGGACGUCGCCACCUGGCUCCCCGGAGAAGGAGUCGAGUUUUGCGUCCCAAGUUCUUCGAAGCAUCAACAAGCGUGGGCCCAGCAAGCUGACUGCCCCUCAAUCUGUGUUCCCAUCGAUCCGGCUUGCUAG